AUGGCAUACUCAUCCCGACCAACCUCGAUGCUUCCAGGGGCUCCUGCCUCAUCUAUGCGCCAGCCCAGUGGUUCGCAAUCGCAGCAAUCUUCUGCGCUAUCGGCCCGCAUUGCAGCCAAAAAGGCGGAGCUAGAGAACCUGCGACAACUACGCGAUCUGAGUGGAACAUUGGCGAUUCAGAUGCAAGCUUUGGAUAGUAAGAUCUCCACGCUGAAAAAUGGCACCGAAGCUGUUGCAUACGUGCUUUCCAACUGGGAUAAUGUCAUUAGGGCCAUCACCCUCGCGUCGAGCAAGGCAGGCGGACUCUGCGAACCCAAAUCGGAUAGUAAGAAUGUGGAGAAACUGCGCAACGACCUGCCAUCAACGCUGGUUCGCAUUCCAGCGGAGCCACGUGAUAAGGCUGGGGAGUGA